UUGUACCAAAGUAUUUGGUGCGGCAUGGCAGUCCAGAGGAAUUGAUAAGGAUUGAAAAACCAAUGUAAUUUCUCUGAACUAUGGUGCACAAUGUCACAUUUUUUAAAGAUAUUUGGUGUCUUUUAAACGAAAAAUGAUGUAAUAUUAAACGGUCUUGCCACUACAUAUGUACAGCAGGGACAGACUGGUGCUCAUCUUUCUCUGCUUGAACAGCUGUACCAGAUAUUCCUCUGGAGAGUCUGACCCAGAUGAACAUAUUGGUACCGAUCUCGCGCGGCCACAAACCUCUGGCGACUGCCCGCCGAUGAAGUGGGGGGAGAGGUGUCUGCAGCCAUGCAGUAAUGGAUGCUUCAAUUUCAGCUGUGAGAAAACGACGGGCCUUUGUAACAAAGGCUGCAUGGGCUAUUCAAACCCACCCCUCUGUGACGAAGUCUGUCACAACAACACUUUUGGUAAGAACUGCCUUCGUUCCUGUGAUAAGGAGUGUACAUCUGUGGACAGAAGUGUAGACUUCUCAUGCCACCACGUCUCCGGAAAGUGUCUUUUAGUGGACUUCGCCAAGCACGAGAACGCCUACCAUGCCAACGAAAAUGGAGAGUACAGCCAGCUGCUGGUGGGGAUUGGCGCCAUCGGGUUCUUCGCGCUGCUGAUGGCGCUGACCGUACUGUACGCACACAACGCCAACAUUUACAGGCGAAAAGAAACCGACAGACAAUCAGAGAACAGCUCCGUUAUUGACCUUCCAGUACUGCCCGUACUACCCACCAUGAAGACAGAGAAAAGUGACAGCCAGAUGAACUUUUUCAGAGGAAGUUCAACAAGUUUUGAUCUCCAAGUUGACAAUGACACAGGAAAAGAAACCGAAGUUUAAAUUGACUUAUUGUUUCCUGUACUGCUCGCCAAGUCCUCGUUCAACGCUGCUUCGGACUAGGACGCCAUGACCUCUUGUUUGGAUUGAAAUAGACCAGAUUAUUAUUGUGUAGAUGUUGUACAUUUCAAUUAUAAAUUGUCAUUCACAUUA